UUUCAGACUCUCAUUAUCAGUUCGUCUAAAUGCUGUCCAAACUGUCGAAUGAAUAAAUCAAUAACAUUGGUGGCGUUAUCAGUGUACUAUGCCUAAUGGUCCCCUCCUACUGCUUACAUUGCUCCUGAUUAUGGUGCGACUGACUCAUUGUCUUCUAUGUCUAGAAGGUUCCGAUUGCGUAAUGGAUGCCUCAUGCGGUGAAUGCUCUGGAGUAGCGUGUGCUCGAAUUGUAUCACAUAAUUUGGACGAUAAUCGGGAGGUGGCGCUGACGUGUCUACCAUAUGAUACAAGAAACUUCCACAAAAAGCAACUAGAAGAGGAGGGAUGCAAAGUGAUUGGUGAUCGGCAAACGUGCAUAUGCUAUAAUCAUGACUAUUGUAAUUCGUCUUCAAAACACUUCAACAUUUACGGUUUUCCAUCUCUUUCAUUUUUAUGUUUCUUUUUAUUUUGUUUUUUUCUAUAACAGUGUUUGUGUGAUGCAAAAGAAAAGUGAAACACGUUUUUUGAAAGGGAAAAUUUUUGGGAACGAUGAACGGAAUGGAAUGUAGAGAGGGAAAAGUGAAUUAUGACAAAUUACCGAAUUUGUUUGUGGGGUUAAACAUUGAAAACGGGUAUAAAAUGUACUGAUUUUUGAGAUUGCUUUAUUUUACCCGGUUUGUUGGAUUCGAUUAGUCAAUUGGAACCACUCGAAUUUGAUCAGUUUUGAAUUUGCAGAAUAAUUAGUAACAAAAGUAGUAGACUUGGAAAAUAUAACGUCUAAAUUUUCAGCUUGUAAGUUUUUUGAAAACAUCAAAGUUUGAAGUUCGCGCAAUAAAAUUUUGAAAACAUUUAAAAUUUCCUGAAAGAAUGUUAGAAUUCCGAAACAAUUUAAAAAUUCAAAUUUGAAUUUCCCGCCACAAGAUUUUCUAAAUGUCGAAACUUGAAAUGUGAGCCCAAACUUUUAUUUAGAAAAAAAUUCCCGCCGAAAAUUUUUUCUGAUAGGAAGAAAAUUUGAAUUUUCCACCAACAUUUUUUUUUACAAUUUUCAAUAAACAAUCUAUAAAUU